AUGAUUAUGGAUGCAAAGUACCAGUUGUCAAACGCAACAGCUGAAAAUGUAACCUUGCCAACCAAAACAAUUGAUGGCUACAACUUUAACACAGAAAUCGCAGUGCUUUUGUUGAUUGCUGUUGGAAUUGUAAUCAUCAACGGAGUCGUUUUGUAUCUAUUUAUCAAGGAAAAGGUUUUGCGAACUACUUCAAACUACCCACUUUUCAGCUUGGCUGUCUGCGAUUUCAUCUGUGGUUUCGUCGUCAUUCCUAUGUUUACUACAGUACACUUUACUUCACUGGUUGAGUCUUCGGAAGCGAAGUUCUAUCUGGGAUUCCUAGUCACUGUUCUUCACAACUUUGUAGCUAUCGCUACUGUCUACCAUCUUGUUGUUAUCACCGCAGAGCGAUACAUGGCCAUCAAAUAUCCGCUUAAACACCUAGUCAUUCGCAAGAAACGUAUUCAAAAGGUGUUGGUCAUAGUUUGGAGCUCCUCGCUGCUGAUUUCGUUUGUACCUUUUACAUGGAUUGGUGCGAUAUUCCCAGUAUACCAGCCAGUAUCAAAAUAUUACGUGCUUGGUUUCACCGCAUUCUGCCUCUUGUUUGCCUUCUUUGUGCCAUACUGCUUCAUGCUGUUCGCAUUUGUGCAUAUAUUCAAAGCCAUUAAUACAGCAUCUCCAAAAAAGUAUCUACAAGCGGCCUUCAAGGGACGAAGACACAGCAAACAUUUGGAAACAGUCUCCGGUGAGUGGAGGUGCUUGUUACUGUUUGCCAUCAUGGCUUUUGUAUUUCUCGUGAGUUGGGGACCUCGAUUCGUAUUAUCUCUAUUAUAUCAAUUGCAAGUCAGUUCCUCGAGACUUGAUGUAGCAUCUCAAGUGGCUCUUCUGGUCAGGUACACCACUUCAGUGGUCAAUCCACUACUUUACACCUUCUUUAAAAGAGAUUUACUUCGAUCUUUUAAGUUACUUUUCACAAGGCAUUGCCCGAAUAGGCGAAUAUCUCCCUCUUUCUCUGCCUUAUCUCUGAGACGAACAACCUUGAAGGGUGAUCCCAAUAACAACUCAACCAUAACUACUCCAAGCAGAGAUACUCCAAAACUGCUGUCAUUUCAGUUUGUACUUCGCUACCAAAGUUGA